UUUCUUACACACGUGACAGUCCCGAUGCCUGCAAUGCUGUUUGUUUCUUCCUUUUUAUUCCAGUGAACCUACAGUCGGUCUGAAAAUCUUAGGUCUCAAGUCGCUUCCUGUAGGAGGCCGCCUCCAAACCUCAGGCUGAGCGCGGUCCCGGUACCCACCAGGGAUCUCAUAGUUCCCUAAGCACAGAGCAUGGCACCAACUAGGGAGCCUGUCAAACAGCCCAGAUGUAUGUCUUUCCAGACACGUGGUGCCUGUGUUUCCCGGGACAGGGUCAUAUCUUAUCCAUAUCUAUACAUUAUAGCUUUGUAAACAUGUAUUUGUAAGGUCAAAGCGGGAAAACCUUGUUCCUUGCUAGAAAUGAGCCUCGCAGGCCACCACACCGUACCAGAAGCCGCCCCCUCAGCCGCGGCUUCCGGCCUGAGGCAGGAUGUAUCAAACGUGGAAGCGGAGACGGGGAGGUCUGGGGUGCCACGCAAGUCCCUUUCCUCCCGACACAGCGUGCAGUAAAGAAAACGGUUAUGAGCGUAAAGUGACAGCCUCGGCCGAUGGAAAUAGGGGGAAGUCCGACACUGAGCCACGAACGCAUUCCCGCCCCUCCAAAACCUAGGCCGGGAGCGCUGCAAACCCUUACCGGUACCCGGCCUACUGCGGCAGACGCUUCCUCCUGCCACGUCCCGCAUCACGUGUCUGCACGCACUUUCUCGGAUUCCCGGAUGUGGUUGCCAGAACAAAGGGGAUUUGGUGAUGGAGGCUUUGUUAGAAAGAAUGCAAAAUCGAGGGCAUGGGGAUUUUUGACAUCGUGUGAAGCAGAACUACAGGAGCUCAUGAAACAGAUUGACAUAAUGGUGGCUCAUAAAAAAUCUGAAUGGGAAGGACGGACACAUGCUCUAGAAACUUGCUUGAAAAUCCGUGAACAGGAACUUAAGACUCUUAGGGGUCAGUUGGAUGUGACACAUAAAGAGGUUGGAAUGUUGCAUCAGCAGGUAGAAGAACAUGAAAAAAUCAAGCAAGAGAUGACCAUGGAGUAUAAGCAGGAGUUGAAGAAACUACAUGAAGAAUUAGGCAUACUGAAGAGAAGCUAUGAAAAACUUCAGAAAAAGCAAAUGAGGGAAUUCAGAGGAAAUACCAAAAAUCACAGGGAAGAUCGGUCUGAAAUUGAGAGGUUAACUGCAAAAAUAGAGGACUGCCACGAAGCUAUUUCAAAGGAAUUCCGUCAGAAAUCGCUGGACUGGGAGAAGCAACGCUUGAUUUAUCAGCAACAGGUAUCUUCGCUGGAGGCACAAAGGAAGGCUCUGGCUGAACAAUCAGAGAUAAUUCAGGCUCAGCUCGCCAAUCGGAAACAGAAAUUAGAGUCUGUGGAACUUUCCAGCCAAUCAGAAAUUCAACACUUAAGCAGUAAACUGGAGCGGGCCAAUGACACUAUCUGUGCCAAUGAGUUGGAAAUAGAGCGCCUCACCAUGAGAGUCAAUGACUUGGUUGGAACCAGUAUGACUGUCCUGCAGGAGCAGCAGCAAAAAGAAGAAAAAUUGAGGGAAUCUGAAAAACUAUUAGAGGCUCUGCAGGAAGAAAAGAGAGAAUUAAGGGCAGCUCUUCAGUCUCAAGAAAAUCUCAUCCAUGAGGAAAGAAUGCAAAAGGAGAAGUUACAAGAAAAAGUAAAGGCAACUGACACUCAACAUGCUGUAGAAGCUAUAAGGCUACGGGAAGAAUGUCUGGCAGAAAAGAAGUACACUUCUCAAGGGCCGGGGGACUUAGACAGUGUGCUCUCGCAGUUGAAUUUUACCCAUACUAGUGAGGAACUUCUGCAGGCAGAGGUGACUCGUCUUGAAGGCAGUUUGGAAUCUGUGAGUGCAACGUGUAAACAGCUGAGUCAAGAACUAAUGGAAAAAUACGAAGAGUUAAAGAGGAUGGAAGCACAUAACAAUGAAUACAGAGCAGAGAUUAAGAAGUUGAAAGAACAGAUUUUACAGGGUGAACAAAGUUACAGUUCUGCACUAGAAGGAAUGAAGAUGGAAAUCUCCCAUCUAACUCAGGAGUUACAUCAGCGAGAUAUCUCUAUUGCUUCCACCAAAGGUUCUUCCUCAGACAUGGAAAAGCGACUCAAAGCAGAGAUGCAAAAGGCAGAAGAAAAAGCAGUAGAGCAUAAGGAGAUUUUGGAUCAGCUGGAGUCACUCAAAUUAGAAAAUCGUCAUCUUUCUGAAAUGGUGAUGAAAUUCGAAUUGGGUUUACAUGAGGCAAAAGAGAUUUCACUAGCAGAUCUCCAGGAGAAUUAUAUUGAGGCAUUAAAUAAAUUAGUGUCUGAAAAUCAACAACUACAGAAAGAUUUGAUGAAUACCAAAUCUCAGCUGGAGAUUUCUACUCAGAUGUGCAAAAAACAAAAUGACAGGAUCUUUAAACCAACACACAGCAAAACAACUGAGUUCAAGAAUACAGAGUUCAAGCCAACCCAUGGCCAGCACAGACAUGAUGGAAUAAAGACUGAGCACUACAAAACAGGUCUUCAUUCUCCAAGAGGACAAGCGUCGGAUAGUAUAGACCCCAUGUCUAGGGUGCUAAGCCCCCUGAGUCCUCAAAUCAGCCCUUGCAGCUCCACCAGGUCUUUGACUUCCUACUCUCUGUGUAAAAGUCACUCUUUGCCUUCAGCGCUAGAUACAAAUGAAGCCAAUUUUUCUGACACUGUGUCUGAGAGUAUGAAUGACCAAGAAGAGUUUAUGUCUUCGUGUUCCUUGCCUGUUUCUCCCCUUGGUUCAAUAGCUACUAGAUUUUUGGAAGAGGAGGAACUGAGGUCUCAUCACAUUCUAGAGCGCUUGGAUGCCCAUAUUGAAGAACUAAAAAGAGAGAGUGAAAAGACAGUGAGACAAUUCACAGCCUUAAAGUAGCCUCUUAAAAAAAUCACAAUCUUGGAAAUAAAAAGAAACACCAAAGAGUUACUGUCAUCUGAAGUAGCAGCUCUUUAAAAACAUGAAGAGAUAAAAUUAUAAAAAUGAUACAUCUAAAGCAGUGGUGAAGAAAGCUGAAAAACCAAUACUUUUGAUAGGCAUUUUCUCUGCACUGGUUUGUUUGAAGGACUUCCUCCAGCGAUAAGUUGUGAGAAUAAACCACUUUGCUAGACUUCUUUCUCAUACGAAUAUGUAUUAUCAUACAGUGAUACUUACCUUGCUGACUUAAAUGUGAAUAGCUGUGUACUAAUUGAAAUAAGGAUUUUAUGAUACAUAUUGAAAAUAAAGUAACUGCAGGAACUUUCUUUAAGGGAAAUGUGUAGAAGCAUGGAUUUAGGGGUCAGAAUUACCUGGAUUGAUAGACUGGUUUUGCCACUUACCAUCCAACUGGGCUGGUUAUUUACUAGGCUGGUAGCCCCUCUUAGCCAAGGGGCUGGUGGUGUGUAAAGUCAGGCUGGCAGUGAAUAAGCGGGGUAGGCUAAAGAACCUUAGCAAGCAGUCCUCUCUUGCUCAGCACUCAUGCAGAGGAGAGAGGCAGGGAGGGCAAGGGACUGGCUUUCGUGCGUGGUGCCCAUGGAAUAUCCAUUGGAAAUAAAUGUUCAGCGUCUGUACUGCUGAGGACAAGUUUAGAUGGGAGAUAAAGAUCUGGAUGUUGAUGUGCCAGAAGCAUUUGAAAUCAUGGGCGUUGAUAAGAUCCACCAGGGAGGCUGUGGAGAGAGAGAGGAGCAGGAGGCUGGGUUUGGGGCCCUGAAAGAUGCCAGCAUCUGAGGAUCACAGGAAAUAGAUCUAGCAAAGGAACUAGAAUGUGCAGUUACAGAUGAGACAGGUCAGUGUAGUGUACUUCCCAACUCAAGGGUAUGGCCCCUGUGAAUCCUCUUUCUCUAGUGGAUCUUUCCCAUUAGCAUAAAACAUCCUGUUAUUUCCCCUUUUUUUAAAAAAAAACAUUUUUUUUUAUACCUCUCUAUCUACUGCUCUGUGUGUUUAUUUGCUUCCCUUCACCCAAACACUUCUGGAAAGAGAUGUCUGCAGUGACUCUGCAGUGACUCUUUCCAGUUUCUCACCUCGCCCCACCGCAGUUCUCUUCCUAACCCUCUCUACCACCAUUUCCAUCCCCAGACUGCUUUCUUGCUCUUGAGUUCACCAGUGACCUAAUCAGCGUCUGAGCAUCAUUCAGCACAGCUGGACUCUCUCUUGGCUUCUAAGACCUGGAACUUCUGGUUUCAUCUCUACCUCAUCCUCCACUCCAUCUCAUGGCUUUUCCUCUUCUAACCUGUAAGUCAGAGGGCCCCUUAGAGCUCUGUCAUGGGUUUUCUCCCUCAGCAUUCUCUUCCCUAGAAGUUUCCAUUCCAAUCUCAAGCUCUUAAUGCCACUUAUAGGCCAGUGACCCUUACAUUUAUUACUAAUCUUGACCUCUCCCAGAGCUGCUGUCUUAGAUACUUAGCUGCUUAUGCGAUGUCUUCACUUGGAUGUCUGACAAACAUCUUGUUUCCAAGAGAGAACUCUUUAUUCUCCCUCUUGCUAAGAUUCCAUAUCAGGACAUAGCAUUAUGUUUGCCUGUUCCUAAGAGUUGCUCAUAAUUCCUUCCUCACCCACGUCUGCAUAUCCAGUCAUUUGGGAGGUCCUGAAUCUUCCCCCAGAAUCUUGUCUCAGACCCAACCAUUUCCCUCCUGCACUUCUACCACCUGUUCCAGACUACUACUCUCUCACCCUGAUUCUGGCAGUUGCUUCCUAACUGAUAAUACUCACACCAAUAAUUCAGGGAACUUCUGGAGUUAUCCUUUAGGAAUGUAAAUGAAACGGUGUCACCACUGCUUCCCUUUAGACUCUUCUAAGGCUUCUCUUUUUUUUGAUAGAGAUGGAGUUUCACUGUGUUGCCCAUGCUGCAGUACAGUGGCAGGAUCUCGGCUCACUGCAAUCUCUGCCUCCCAGGCUCAAGUGAUUCUUCUGCCUUAGCUUCCCGAGUAGCUAGGAUUACAGGCGCAUGCCACCAGGCCCAGCUAAUUUUUGUAUUUUUAGUAGGGUUUCACGAUGUUGGUCAGGCUGGCCUCGAGCUCCUGACCUCAAGUGAUCCACCUGCCUCAGCUUCCCAAAGUGCUGGGUUACAGGCGUGAGCCACUGUGCCCAGUCCCAAGGCUUCUUACUGCACUCAGAAUAAAAUCCAAAUGAAUUAGUAUAGCCUACAGGGCCUCAAUAAUCUGGGCUUAAUCUCCCGUUGCAUCAUCCUUUACUGUGCUCCACCCAUGCUGUCCUCCUUUCUGUUUAUUGAGUGCAACAAGCUGUAACCUGUUAGGGUCUUUGACUUGCAGUUUACCCUGAAUAUUGCCUUUCUCUUACCUCACCUGUGAUUGGCAUUUUCCCCCUUGCAGGCCUGCACUCUGGCAUCCUCUCAUGAGCAAGCCUUCUUUGCUGCCUCCCAAACCUGCUUCUCCCCAUUUCUCUAGCUCAUUGGCCUGCGUUAUUUCCUUCAUAGUGCCCACCACUAUCUGAAAUCAUUUCAUUACUUGAUUUGUGUUUGUAUUGUCUAUUUCUGCCAUUAGAAUUAAAACUCCUUGAGGGCAAGGACUUUGCAUCUGGUUCAUGGUGGGAUCCUCAUUACCCGGCACAAGCCCAGCACUGAGAGGCUCAGCUAGUUUGAACCAAUGAAAAAUGCCAUUCCUGAGGUGCACCACAUCAUUUCUUUCGUGUUGGUGUGCAUGCUGUCCUUCAUUUUGCCUCCUCUUCCCACACCCUGUCAUGUGCUCUUGAAACUCCCUAUUUACUUGGCUACUUUAUCUGGCUUGGCAAAGCUUUCCCCUGUACUCUGACCCACAUCAGGGAACGUUUCUCCUCGUUGCUCUCACAGCACCCUGUGUGUGGCCCUGACCAGACUGUGCUAUCCUCUUUGAUCUCUAUCUCUCAGGGGCUAGGUCCUGCCUACAUCCUCAGUCAGCAUGCUGCCUAACACGUAACAUCCUAAGCAAAUACUGGGUGGAUGAAAAUCACUACUAUUCAAGGCUUCAUUGUAUUUAUCAGUAAAACCGAAAUAAUAUCUAAUGGGGUCGAGAAGAUUUACUGAAAAUAUGUAUCUGAAAGGGCUUUGCAGAUUUUCUGAAAGUACUGUACCUAUGUGCAUUGCUAUUAUAUUAAGGAGAUUUUUGAGUUUUAGACAGUCCCAAGCUUCAGCUUAAAAUCUGUAGACUGCAACCCAUUUCUGAAAUGUUUGUACUACGUGUUGACUAGGAGGAACAAUGACAGACUCUGUAGUCACCGGAAAUACUUAAGGAAUCAUGAGGUACUAUGUAUUUCCUUAAAUUUUUACUGUUUUUUAAAGCUGAAGUAUUUAGUAAUUAAUGGGUUAUCCAAAUUUGUCAGAAAAUUCAACUGUAAUUUAAUGUCUCACCUUCAUUUUUCAAAAAGACAUAUUAAUACCAAAUAUUAAAAUGUGUCAAGACUAAAUCUGAGUUAGUGUCUUAACACACAUUUUCCAAAAUCUCUCAGAGAUCAGGGUACCCAAAUGAGAUGAAAAGAUUAGGGAUCAGUAGUCUACCUUUGGUGUUUACAGAUAAUGUUUUAUUGGGCAAGUCAUCUCAUUCCUCUUGUCCUGGAUUCCCAAUGAAUUUUCAUCUGGAUUCCUAUGCAGAUUUUAGCUGAAGAGGGUAAAGUUGACUUCCCACUGUGGGCUGGACGUUACCUUCCCUUGCAGCCUCAUUUGAUCUCAACAAGUGUAGAAAAAAUGCUACAGCACUCUGUGUUUCUAUGACAUCUGCUUAAACCCAAACAAUUCUUACCUUCUCUGCCUUACAUACACAUAACACCUGGUAAACUGUGGGUGAUGAUUUUCUGUUUGCAAAACACUUGAGUCCAGUACCGAAAAGUUACAGAUAAGAUAACUAUAAAAUAAGCUCUAUGGCAUGAGAACAUAGGUUAAGAAAACAGUUGUCAUGAACAGCAUUGAAAUGUAGAAAAAGUUAGAAAUGUGUCAGCUUGUCCCAAAACAGCUUGAAAUAGUAUAAAUGCAUCAAAAAGAAACAAACAGAAUCAGGGCAGAGGAACAAUGAGGGCCGUAAACGUUGAUUCACUAAUGAAUCUAGUUACCCAGUUCAGUUGCCAGAGGAAGGCAGCCAGGUUACCUCUGAGCUUCAGAUGGGGAAAAGCAAAGAAGAAAACAUUUACCUAAAAGUUUUAUGGUACUCAUAAGAUAAAAAAAAAAAAAAAAUCAGAGACUUAAGAAAAGCACAGAUUUUUUCUCCAUGUUUGAAUAAGCAUUUUGUAAAGUGUGUGAGCAUCCAGAAGAGAAGUCCAACAUUUUCAUAACUGGUAAUAAUAAUCUGCACAGCUCCCCCUACAGUGUGCUUCGUCGUGGGUUGAUGGCAUAAGGCUGACUUCCAAAUUCAGGGGAAACUGUUCUGAGAGGGCCCCAAACAUGAUGGUGUAAAGCUCUCAUGGCCUGGAAAGGGAAAAUUUAGAGGGAUGAUGGACUGCUUUAAACCAAUCUUUUGUAAAAGCUAUUUCUCCACUGUGCAAUUUUGAUAAUUCAGACAAUACAGUUCACAUCUCUUUUUUUCUCUCUGUGAGGAACUAGAAUUUGGGAAUUUUAUGUUGCCCAUUAAGGCCAGGUUCAGUUAUUUGACAAUCAUCCAAUCAGAAGAACUUUUGCACUCCUCUUACGAAAAGAACAUAAGGCAGUAGUUGAUGGGGGAAGGUCUAGAACUCCUUGGUAUCAAAUGCAAAACAUUUAUUAAUGUUAAUAUAUUAAUAUUAAAUGCAAAAAAUGUGCAUGUGUGCAUUUUUCUGGGGAGAAGAUUCAUAAUUUUCAUCAGAAUCUUGAAGAUGUCUGUGAAUCAAAAAGAGAUGAAAAACCAUAGCUUUAGGGACUAGAGUUCUCCCAGAAAGGUAUCCCGUUUCCUGGGGAAAGACAUAAAAUGUCUUCCGGGGCUGAAUUUUAAAGUGCAGUUGAAUAGUCAUUCAAAAUUUAAGCUUUUCAAUAAUAACAAGACAAUUCAGUUCAAAAAUGGACAAAAGAUUGGAAUAGACAUUUCUCUAAAGAUAUACAGAUGGCUAAUAAGCAAAUGAAAAGAUGUUCAACAUCAUUAGUCAUCAGAGAAAUGCAAAUCAAAAUCAAAAUGAGAUACCAUUACACACCCACUGUAAUAAAAAAGAUGGACAAUCGCAAGUGUUGAAGAUGAUGUGGAGAAAUUGGAACACUCAUAUUUGCUGUGGGAAUGUAAAAUAAAAUAGUGCAGUCACUCUGGAAGACAGUUUGGCAGUUCCUUAAAGAGAGUUAACCAUAUUACCCAGCAAUACCAAUCCUAAAUCUAUGACCGAGAAAAA